UGUAAGUGGGAAUGAAGACAUUAUGUUUCAAUCCUGCUGCGAAUUGUUUGUUUGCGGGAUCUACAGCUGGUCACAUAUUCUGUUGGGAUCUUAGGAGGAUAGACAAGACUCUAUGGGAAGACCGAGUGAGCCCGAAUGUUAUUUAUUCCAUGCAUCACCUCAGAAAUGACAAGUCAACAUUAUUAGUAGGUGGAAUAGAUGGUGUCUUGAGAGUUGUGGACCAGGAUUCCGGCGAGGUAUUAUCCAGGCACAUUAUGGAAGAACAAGAAGACAGCAGAAAUGUACACUCCUCUUCCUCUUCUGGAAGAAGUGUGAUUGUCAGGAGAGUGAAAAACCUCUCAUCGAAUGAUCGCGUCGAUCUCAUGUCCAAAACCUGUCGUCCGAAAAUCACAUGUUUGGCUGUGGGAAUGCAGAAGGUCCACGAGUUCUUCCGAAACCCCCAAAUUCCAUUCAGAAUUAGGGCAAGAAACUCUGAAAGAAUAGAAAAGAAAGGCUUCUUCUGGUGGGCAUCAAUCGCACACGCACGCAGAGAGGGAUGGUGUGCAUCCGCAAGGCGACGAUCGACGAUCUGCUGGCGAUGCAGGCGUGCAACCUGAUGUGCUUGCCGGAGAACUACCAGAUGAAGUACUACUUCUACCACAUCCUCUCCUGGCCGCAGCUUCUCUAUGUGGCGGAGGACUACAACGGCAAGAUCGUCGGCUACGUCCUCGCCAAGAUGGACGAGGAGACCAACGAGUGCCACGGCCACAUCACCUCCCUCGCCGUCCUUCGCACCCACCGCAAACUCGGCAUUGCCACCAAGCUCAUGACUGCUGCCCAGAACGCUAUGGAACAGGUUUUUGGAGCAGAAUAUGUGUCAUUGCAUGUCAGGAAAGGUAACAGGGCAGCAUUCAAGCUGUACACGGAGACAUUAGGGUACCAAAUUCAUGAUGUAGAAGCAAAGUACUAUGCAGAUGGCGAAGAUGCUUAUGAUAUGAGGAAACUAUUGAAAGGUAAGAAGCAUCAGCAUCAACACCACCACCACCACCACACCGGAGGCGGGUGUUGCUCCAGGGAAGUGAAAGCAGAUGGAAAGGAUGGCGCGACAGAAGGGAAGGCACAUUGAUACUGCUAGGCAAUCGCGCAUACCAGUGUUUGCAGCCCAUCGCCCUUUCUCGUUUCUUUAUUCAAAACCCACUCUUGCACGUUUAUGUUCUUUCCUUUAUGUCCAUCAUGUUAUGUCAUCAAUAUCACAUUAUAUCUUGAAGUCAGUUGGAUGAUCAUCUUUUCUUCUUUUUGGGGGUGUGGAUUUGUCACGGAAUGAUAGAAUGGUGUUGAAAUCUGGGUAUUGCUUACCCGUAUAGCAGGUAAUGUGGAUUAAAAUAGAACAAGUUUCUCUUAGGCUCAUAUGAGUUUUUAGUCU